GUUUGACGCAGUGAUCUCGGCGCUCUCACUUUGAUCAUCCUCAGGAGCUGGACGCAGCUUCGGGUGACUUCCUGUUCCUUUCUUCUCUCUCUCGCUCUUUCUUUUUCUCGUUGCCUAUGCUUUUAAUAUAGACUGUAAAAGACAAUAGUUUUCAGGUGUUUAUAUCCUUCGAUAGGUUUUAAUGGUGAUCCACAUCGGACAGUAAACGGUGAUGGCAGACUCUGAUGCGCAAGAGACUCGCCAACCUGCAAAAGAGUCGCCGUUCUCCAUAAAGAACCUGCUGAACAUUGAAGACAAGCCCACAAAGCCGAAAAGCGUCCUCGGCUCCUCCAAAGGUGUGUUUGAAGGCAGCUUCUUCUCUCGGCUCGGUGACUUGUCUUUCCCUCGAUUUGAGUUGCCCACACAGAGAAUUGGACUAUCAGCACAGUAUUUGGAGAGAGCGUCAACCUGGUGGUACCCAUACACGCUCGGGACUCAUCUGAGGACUGGAGGGUCUGAGAAGGCCAACCUGAGGGAAACAUCGCCGGCACCGGACAGGCGUUCCCCGGAUCUCCAAAAAGGUGACCAAGAUGCGAAAGAGGAAAGCGCCGACGACGAUAUCGCGCUGGAUGACAGUGACUCGGAAGAACCAAAGAAGGAAAUAGACCAGGAGGACGACUGGAGGAGAAAAACGGACGAGUUGGACUCCGAGAGGAAGCCCUGUCGGAAGAAGAAGACGCGCACGGUGUUUUCCAGGAGUCAGGUCUUCCAGCUGGAGUCCACCUUCGACAUAAAGCGCUACCUGAGCAGCUCGGAGAGGGCAGGCCUGGCCGCGUCCCUGCACCUGACAGAGACGCAGGUGAAAAUCUGGUUUCAGAACCGGAGGAAUAAGUGGAAAAGGCAGCUGGCCGCGGAGCUGGAGGCAGCCAACCUGAGCCACGCGGCGGCGCAGAGGAUUGUGCGGGUUCCCAUACUUUACCACGAGAACGGAGCCACAGAAACGGCCGGGGGCCCCGCAGCAAACUCACCGGGCAGCCAGUCACUCCUGGCUUUCCCCCACCACAUGUACUAUUCCCACCCGGUCCCACUGCUGAGGCCUGUUUAACACUGACUGUGAUUAUGCGCUGUACAUAUGUUUUUAAAUGAGAGUGACAUUCAUUGGAAAAAACACUACAUUUUUGUAUAUUUUGUAGAUUCAAGGGACACAUAGGUCAAGUUAUUAUUAUUAUUAUUAUUAUUAUUAUUAUUAUUCGUCUAUUGUUAGCAUAUUAUCCUUUAUCCUGUUUAAGCCUCUAGAGCAUGACACAUUGUCCAUAUGGAUCUAAUUGGUGUUACAGAUGGGACAUUCUCAAAAUUUAAAAUUAUUAUUAUUAUUAUUAUUAUUAUUAUUAUUGGUAAAAUAGUUACAUGAUCAAAGGUGGCUGAAUAUAUUUUAAUGUAGGCUUUUUAAUUUGAAAAAAAAAAAAAAAGAGCUUGUUUUAAGGGUUGACUGUCCAUAUGUAUUUUACCGAGGUUUGUGUCAGUUUUGUGCAAUACUGUUUGCUUCACAUGGUUACCAGCCUUUGUCACCUAAAGUUAGCUUUUACAGGAAACAAAUCACACCUUUUUCUCUUUGUAAUAGUGAGGACAAUCAUGUCAUCCUUAAAGAAUAUCCCCCAGUAACUGCAGGUGAUAGGCAAUUGUUUUUAUGACGCAAUGUUUUACCGUAAUUUUAAAGCCAUGAAAGAGACAAAAUAGCCUCUGUUUUUGUGUUGCUAUGUUUUUUUCUCUGAUAUUGUUAUUAAAAUUAUGUAUAUUAAAUGAUCUUACACUCAGUAAA